CUUAAUAAAUUGAGAAAAAAAGUAUAUAGAAAGAUUUCUUCAUAUGAAAAAUAAAGACUUUUAGAACUUACGGGAGGAUAAAGCAGGGCAUGGUGCGUUUCAUUAGCCAGCACCAGUAGAUAAGCAGAAAGCAGAGCAGAUGGCCAGCUCUUCCCUGGCCGAGCUGGAAGUGAACGCGCUACUCAAAAAUCACAGGGCCUUGGCAGACGCCAACUCUGCGCUCGGGUUUCCCCAGCAGCAUGAGAGCAGCUCUGUUGUGCUCUCAGAGCUCAGCAUCUCCUGACUGGGUGUGGAGCUUCCAGGGUUUCUCUUGCUGGGCUGGCUCCAGAGAAGGUUGGGUGGGAGCAGGAAUUACGUGUCUGAAAUUAAGCAGAUGCUGCUGGGAGAGUAAUGGAACCUUUAGUAAACAGCCACUGAGUAGCUCUCCCCUGAUUUGCAAGACCUUAUUUUUGCUGGCACUUGAAUAGAAUACCUCAUUGGGAUGCAUACAGUGCACUUUUUAAACAGUAGUUCUGUUACCAAACCUAGAAAGUGUGACCAGAGGGCUUCCAGUACUCAGCUAUCACAUUCCAAGCCUAAUGAUUCAUGUUUAUGGUUUAAAACUGAGACUGCAGGUUUGAAGUUCAAUUGUGUAUCAGUCUUUCUCGAAAAUGUCCUGCUGUCUUGUUUUUUAAAACUUGAGGGAAGGUCUUGAGGCAGUAAUGGCAAUUAAAUGGGGUCACUGGAUUUCACACUUAAUUGAGCUGACAGAGCAGAAUGGUGUUGCGUAGCUGGCAGAUUAGCAGUUCUCUAUUAGAUAAUAAUUCUCCAGGAAUUUAUACCUGCUGGUAACUGCUGCUUUUAUUUACCUAACGUGGAUUCUGGGUGGGUUCAGACAGGUGGGGGAGUUGGGUACUGAUGUCCAACCUCCUACAAACCAACAAUCAUAAGCUUCUUGUCUAAGUUGAUAACAUAGGCUUUGUGGCACUGCCUGCAUCCCAAAAAGUCCAGCUGUUGAGAUGCCAUUUGAUCACCAGUUCUUGUUCCUUUCCCCAUGGAAAGCAGGUAAACUCGAGGUGGAUUUUUCAUUUCAGCCUUCUUACACUAUAGGAACCGGACAUUGCUCCUGGGGCAGCCACAGCAGGGAUCACAACUUGCCAUAUACGUCAGCACUUAAGCCAGACUCAAGCCAGACUCAGCUGCGACCCUCGUAGCAGAGAUUCAAGUGGGAAACAGAGGGGGAAUCCAGAGACAAGCCAGCGGGGGAAUUAGGAACUGUGACGCCGUGUCCUCUCUCCUGUGCCGGAGCAAGCAAAGGAAAGAGAGGUAGAGGAAAAAAGACUGAGCCUUGCAACAGCCGUCAUCCUGACGAUGUGUCAGUCAAACACCCUGCAGGGACCAGAUCUACACACAGGGAAAUGGUGAGAUGCUAUAAAGCUUUAUCUAACCCUCCACCCUCUUGCUACAACCUCCACAAAGUUAAAAUUCAUGUCCGGAGGCCGCGUUCAGGGGCCGGCGGCAGCAGCAGCUGUGCCAGGGACCAGCAGCCACAACUGGAGAGCUCAGGCCCGGCUGGCUCUGCCGGUGAUACACCAAAUAGGAGCACUCGCUUCAGGUUGCAAUUUCCCCAGCUGGCCCUGAGGCGAAGGUUGGGCCAGCUAAGCUGUAUGUCUAGGCCUGCUCUGAAACUCCGUUCUUGGCCUCUGAGUAUUCUCUAUUAUCUUCUGCCUUUCGGUGCUCUUAAGCCCUUGACCAGAGUGGGAUGGAGGCCUAUGAGCAGGGUUGCUCUGUACAAAUCGGUACCGACUCGCCUGCUCUCGCGAGCCUGGGGUCGCCUCAACCAGGUGGAGCUGCCUACAUGGCUCCGGAAGCCCGUUUACAGCCUGUACAUCUGGACGUUUGGAGUGAACAUGAAGGAGGCAGCUGUUGAAGAUCUGCAUCACUAUAGAAACCUCAGCGAAUUCUUCCGCAGGAAGCUGAAACCACAAGCGCGGCCAGUCUGCUGUUUGCACAGUGUGAUUAGUCCCUCUGAUGGAAAGAUCCUUAAUUUUGGACAAGUAAAAAACUGUGAAGUGGAGCAAGUAAAAGGGGUUACUUACUCUCUGGAAUCUUUCUUGGGACCUCGCAUCUCCACAGAAGAGUUGCAUUUUAGACAGGCCCCAUCUGGUAACUCUUUUCAGCAACAACUAGUCACAAAGGAGGGGAAUGAGCUCUACCAUUGUGUAAUCUACCUUGCACCAGGGGAUUAUCACUGCUUCCACUCACCCACUGACUGGAGAGUGUCACACCGACGUCAUUUCCCAGGUUCUCUGAUGUCUGUGAACCCUGGAGUCGCUCGCUGGAUUAAGGAACUGUUCUGCCACAAUGAACGGGUUGUCCUUACAGGUGACUGGAAACAUGGCUUCUUCUCUUUAACAGCUGUAGGAGCAACAAAUGUGGGCUCUAUCCGCAUCUACUUUGACCAGGACUUGCAUACCAACAGUCCAUGUUACUCUAAAGGUUCCUACAAUGACUUCAGCUUCAUAUCCAACAACAACAAGGAGGGAAUCCCCAUGAGGAAAGGGGAACAUUUAGGGGAAUUUAAUUUAGGCUCUACGAUCGUUCUCAUCUUUGAGGCACCCAAGGACUUCAAAUUCCACCUCAAAGCCGGACAGAAAAUCCGCUUUGGAGAAGCACUGGGCUCUCUAUAGAAACUCCGUCAGCAAGAAGGUUUUCUAUACAAAGGGACUCUUACCACACCCCUGAGUGUGUCACUUAACAAGUAUGCAUCACUCAGCAGGACCUGGGUGAGGAACACCGAAGAUGUCAUUGCUAUGUUAAACUUGAGAGUAUUUGGUGUACAUUUACAUGCUGCUGAAUGCAGAAAGAGAAUUGAAUGACCAUGUAUGUAUCAGGUACAGCUGCCUUUAAAGAUUUUGACCAUGGAGGUUUCUGUCCCACCCUGUGCCUGUAGUCUUUCAUGUUCUCCCCUCAAUGUGCCACAGGAUAAUUACGUUAUUAGAGCCUGUAAAUCCCUUUUAAGCCUUCCUAGGCUGUGCAGGUGCAAUAGGGAAGGGUGGACAUAGAGAUUAGCUGUAUUUAAAGGGACACUGACAGGCUCAAUCAGACCUUGUACCUUAUCUGCAAUAUCUGUUUUUCAGACCUUGAGUAAAGAAUGUGUUCUCCUAUUUAUUUUGUUCUGAGACGUUCCCCUGAAGUUCUUAUACAAAGGCAGCCUGUGAAUGCAUAGAGGGCCAAGCAGUUAAAUGGGCUUGUCUGGCUUCACAGUCCAAACUAAGCAAAACGGACAGCUGAGAGCAUCAGUACAGUAAAUUACUCAUCCAGGUUUCUACUGUUAGACAACUUCAAUUAUUUUACCUGACAUUGUCCCUUUAAAGAUGGACUUUGCACUGUAUUUUAAACCUGAAAACACUGUGUCUACAUUCCAUAUGAUGAAACUGAUCAUCUCUUUGUUUGUAUUUUCUUUUUUUUAAAAAAAAAGGCAUACAAAGCUGUGUGUCCUAAUCCCUGAUUUUAUUUUGCUAUUCCAGGCCUUAAAGAUUUUGUUUGAGGGACAGUUACUUCAGCUCUUGGAUUAAGGGGUUAGAAAAGAUAGGGGCUGUUUUUCUUGUGUGAGGCACUGAGAAGGCAGCCAAAAUAUGUUUUUACUUUCUGCUAUGUAUCCUAUGUGUUGCUUUGUCACUAAAUUCUUGAAGAACUAACUCCGCAAUUUAGAGAACAGUUUCAGAUAUUCAGGACCAAUUUUUAUUGCACAGAGUGAAAUGCCCUAUGCACUGACUGUGUAUAAAAAUAUUACAGAUCUUUGAAGCAAGCCCGAGUUGCCUCCCAGGUGCCAACCUGGCCAUCCUAUACUUGACUGGCAACUAUUUCAUCUUACUCAAAAUACAAAAAAAUCCCCACACCGGCUCUGACUUCUGCCCUCGUAUUAAACACUAGGAAUGUGCUGGGGGCUGAAAGCUCUGUGCGGAAGCUUCAUCCUACAGCAAAACUUUAGAGCCUCUUUGUAAGAAGAGUUAAAAUCUAACAACCACCUUGGCUCUGUUGAAUGUGGCACUAGAUGGCACUGGCAGAAUCUGAUGCCAAAGUGAAGAGGAAUUGAGUUUUAAAGCAACGUAUAAUUUGUUUUUAGAGAAUAAACUCUUUCAACUCCAGGCACUCCUUUAGAACUGACUACGCUGUCCAGAGCUGCUUGGAGUGAACAUGCUUCUGAAAUCUGCCUUUCUGCUCUCUGAAAGACUUCUUAUAUUCCUUCCUUGCUUGGGCUACUUUUCUGAUAUUUCAAGGAGAUGAUAGACUUUGACUAGCUCUGAUUUCCUAAAGAAAAACUUAUCUUCUUUGUAUGCACUGCAGAAAAUAGAAUAUAAUUUUGUUGUACAAAUGUCCAGUUUGCCAAGUCCUGUAUGCUUAGCUUGUCAUCACAAAAGAAGGGAUGAUAAACUGCCUCUAAGUGAUGUGGUGCAGCCAUGACUCAGAUGAUGGUGGCUGUCUGGGUGACAAGCAGGAGAAAAUUCAUUUGGCUCUGAGAGUCAAUGUUUCCUCACUUCACAUGGAGAGGAGUUUGAAAGCUUGAAGUGGCUCUCUGCCACCUAUGUUGUUAAAUGUCUCGGCAUUAGCAAGUCCACUCCUGCAGCAGUAUAUUACCAUAUACAGGUUAUAGAAGCACGCACUUUUUUAAACCCUUAAGAGUGAGAAAAGACUUAGGGCAGGUGGCAACCUCAAGCGGAUAAAGCCAGGACUAGCUUUUUGACUACAUCUCAGUGUUAACAAGAGAAAGAAAAUUUGUUUCAGUGGAUGAGAAAAGAGACAACUGAAUCUUUUCCCCUUAUUCUACUGCAGUCCAUGGCAUCCAGACCCAGCCAAAGCAAGUUUAAGCUUUAAUUUUUUCCUACUCAGCAUCAUCAUCCACAGUAUCUGAAGGUACUGUUAGCUCAGUAAUGCAGGACAGGUUACUGAUGUUUGCUUUAUUACAAAUCAGAGGAGAGAAUUCAGCAUGCAAGUGGCUGAUUCUGGGAUGGUCUUAAUACUGUGCAGAGCUAGCUGAUUAACAAACAUUACUUGUUAUGCAGUGGUCAGCAACAUACCCUGGGCAUGAAAGCAAAGUUCCUAGAGGGUACUGAUAAUGCUGUGAAUUUCUCCUCCAUGGAGAAUCCAUUUAAUUCAACUGUAUCAGUAACACGGUAUUUUUGUAUGUCAAAGCGUAUGACUUACUGACAUGAACUCAUUUAAUUGCAAACACUUUGAAAUAAAGAGUCUUAUCAGUGUUGCUUA